AGCCAGUUUGGCUCAAACCGCUAUGUAAAGCCUCUGCAUUGUCACCGCGGUCCACCAAGCACCAGUGAUGGGCAGCCGGGCCGGUGGCAACUCGGCCCUGGAGCUCAAGCACCAUGUGCUGAAUGGCCGUCUGGCACAGGCCAAGAAGCUCUUAGCCUCCACGCGGAUAUCAUUGGAGGACUGCCAAGAUGAGGACGGCAAUACAGCGCUGCACUGGUGCGCGCAGGGCUUGCAGACCGAUGCCGAGACCCGUGAGGUUCCAGACGAGGAGAUGCUCAUCUUCCUUCUUCAGAACGGCGCUCCAAAGAACAGACAGAACCGCAUCGGCGAGACACCGUUGAUGGGCGCUGUGCGCAUGGCGACGCUGGAUCCCUUGCGCGCGGAGGCCCUCAUCUCGGCCCUGCUGUCGAAGGGGCACGCCGACCCCCGCCGCGCGGACGUCUCGGGCGAGAGCCCGCUCAUGGAGGCCGCGGCCGCGGGCCUCGAGGAGGUCGGCAGGCUCCUCCUCGAGCACAGAAAAAAGUUAAAAAGUAAAAAGAAAAAAACAACAUAUUAUACAAAAAAGGCUUCUCCUCGAGCACCGCGCCAACCCGCUGGCGGAGAGCUCCUCCGGGCUGACGGCCGCGCAGCUGGCGCAGGAGUCCGGCUCCGAGGCCUUCGCGCUCCUGCUGAGGUCGCCCCUCGCCGAGAGAACGCCCGAGCGCUGGCGAGCUAUGUGCUCGUACAGGCGGUCCUCGUCGCCGUUGCGGCAUUCCCCUGUGGAAGCCCUGGCCAGGACGCACCCACAGGGGGAGGUGCGCGGAGCAGCGGCAGGGACUCGUCGGGGCACGCCGGCCCUGCCGCAGCGCUGUUCGGCUUGGUCUGGGCCCUCCUCCUCCUCCUCCUCCUCCUCCUCCUCCUCCUCCUCCUCCUCCUCCUCCUCCCCCUCCUCUCUGUGUUGCCGUUCGUUUCGGUGCUCGUGCUUGCUCCGUUUUGAUUGCCGUUGUCGCUCGAAGCGCCUCGUUUCGUGCUUGGUUCCGCUUGGCACCGGUUUCGGUCUGACCGUUCGUUUUGGAGAGUAGGCUUCGCUUCAGUGCCAGCGCAAAAGCGUGGUUCCGAUUGAAACAGCGAUGUGGUCGGGGCAUGCUUGAAGAGAAACAGUCCGAACUCCGCGCGGGUUUCGUGGAUCUGGCGCCAGGCCCCUCACGGCGGCGCCUCCGGCGCCGCCCUUGUCGCGCUCCGCGCGCCAGGAAGGCCUUCUCCUUCUCGUGUCCACGCCUUGCUCGCCGCCGGCUUUCCUCGGGGGCGUGGGGCCCAGACAUUCGAGGAGGUCUGCCUGGAGGAGGCCCUGGGCAGGAGCGAGGAGCACUUGCAGGGGCACAGGGAGCGGCGGCGCGAGGGGGAGGCCAAGCAGCUCGAGCAGACGCUGUUCGGCCAGCGCCUCCGGCCUGGCCUCUCCUGCGACCGGGGCAGGCCAGGCCACCCCUACGCGGAGUACCAGACCUUGCACGACAUCGACUGAGCCGGUCCGGGCCUCACAAGCGGGGCCCGAGUAGCCUCCCGUCGACACUUCUUUCGUUUUCUUGCCCAUCGCCGCCUCGCCCUCGUGUAAUAGCGCCCUGAGCGGCCGCCCUCCCCGCCGAGCGCGGCAUUUGCGCUGUGGCUGGCCGGCUCCCGAGCAGAAA